CUACUCAAGCAAAGUCAUCAAAAUAGUACAUUGGGUAAUCAAUUUCUGUGUUCUUUUGUCGAAAUGGGGAAGCUGGUGACUUCCAAGUAUGUUGGAGCCAUCCUUGUUGUGAUGCUGGCAUUGGGUCUCGGCCUAGCACAAUGCCGUAGGCUGGAAGAAGAUGAAGAGAAUGAGACGAUUGGCCGCGGAGCUGGCGGUGGUGCCGGUGGGGGUGGAGGUUUCGGAGGAGGCCAAGGUGGAGGAGUAGGAAUCGGUGGUGGUGGCGGCGCUGGAGGUGGUGGAGGGUUCGGAGGAGGCAAAGGUGGAGGGAUUGGAGGUGGUGGCGGCGCCGGAGGUGGUGGAGGGUUCGGAGGAGGCAAAGGUGGAGGAAUUGGAGGUGGUGGUGGCGCCGGAGGUGGUGGAGGGUUUGGAGGAGGGAAAGGUGGUGGUGCUGGAGGCGGAGCAGGCGGUGGUUUUGGCGGCGGCAAGGGCGGAGGUAAUGGUGGCGGUGAAGGGGGUGGCAAAGGCGGAGGCGCUGGUGGUGGAUUUGGAGGUGGUGGAGGGAAGGGUGGAGGAGGUGAAGGUGGAAAGGGUGGAGGCAAAGGAGGAAUUGGAGGUGGUCAUGAAGGUGGUGGCAUUGGUGGAGGUAAAGGCGGCGGGAUAGGAGGAGGUGCUGGUGGUGGUGCCGGUGGUGGCUUCGGAGGAGGAAAAGGCGGAGGCUCUGGCGGUGGAAUUGGUGGAGGCAAAGGAGGUGGCCGUGAAGGUGGAGGCAUUGGUGGUGGUAAAGGUGGAGGGUUUGGAGGUGCUGGAGGCGGCAAAGGUGGAGGAUUCGGAGGUGGUGGAGGUGCCGGAGGCGGCAAAGGUGGAGGAUUUGGAGGUGGCGCCGGAGGCGCAGGCGGCAAAGGUGGAGGCGCUGGAGGAGGCAAAGGCGGAGGAUUUGGAGGUGGUGGAGGUGCCGGAGGAGGCAAAGGUGGAGGAUUUGGAGGUGGUGGCGGUGCCGGAGGCGGCAAAGGUGGAGGAUUUGGAGGUGGUGGUGGCUUUGGAGGAGGAGCUGGAGGAGGGUCCGGCGGCGGCUUUGGAGGUGGAGCUGGUGGCGGUAGCGGAGGUGGAGCUGGUGGUGGCUUUGGUGGAGGGAAAGGAGGAGGUGGAGGUUUCGGCGGCGGCCGUGGCGGCGGAGGGAUUGGUGAAGGCUAUUAAGUAUAGCUUCAUCGCACAAACGAGCUAUGUAUGUAACACUCCGACUAGGCAUGGGAGUACAAGCUAGUGAGCUAGCCUAUUACCGAAUGAACCACAUAAAUAAAAUGCAGAAGCAUUAAUCAGUUAACUAAUCAGAUUGCUUCCUUUCUAUGACUGCUUUUUAUU